GUAUUGAGUCUCAUUUACCUCUGAGCAGUAGGCGUGGCCCGACAUACGUCAUCUCACCCGACACCGGCGUGAACCAAAGAGGCUAAAGAGCUAAACGCUAGCUUGUUGCGGCUGCCGACUCGGAAUUUAGAUUAAAUAAAACAGGAAUAUUAACAUACGUUACCGUAGCGCCGCAGUGCACCGCCAUGGGUCUAUACGAAUAUGUCACUCAGGAGCAACUCGCGGGUUUCGACAAAUACAAGUACAGCGCAGUGGACACAAACCCGUUGUCUGUCUAUGUCAUGCACCCUUUCUGGAACCUUGUGGUGAAGUUUCUCCCAACAUGGUUGGCCCCAAACCUCAUUACAUUCACAGGCUUUAUGUUCCUUGUGCUGAAUUUUCUUAUGUUGGCCUUCUACGACUUUGACUUCAAUGCCUCUGUUGUAGGACAUGAACACGUGCCUAGUUGGGUUUGGGUUGCUGCGGGGAUUUUCAACUUCUUGGCCUAUACACUGGAUGGUGUUGAUGGGAAGCAAGCACGUCGCACCAGUUCCUCCACGCCACUGGGGGAGCUCUUCGACCACGGCCUGGAUAGCUGGGCUUGCGUCCUCUUCGUAGCCACUGUCUACUCCAUAUUUGGCAGAGGGGAGAGUGGCGUGGGUGUGGUCACGCUUUAUUAUAUCCUGUGGGUGGUGCUGUUCUCCUUCAUCCUGUCCCACUGGGAGAAAUACAACACGGGGAUUCUGUUCCUGCCGUGGGGAUACGACAUCAGCCAAGUGACCGUCUCCAUCGUUUACUUGGUAACAGCUGUGGUCGGUGUGGAGACCUGGUACCAGCCGGUCGUGUGGCACUUCCUCUACAGAGACCUUUUCACUUUUAUGAUCCUGGCCUGUUCCUUCACUGUCACAUUACCCAUGAGCCUCUAUAACGUGCUGAAGGCGUAUCGCAGUAACACCCUGAAGCACAGCAGCCUGUACGAAGCCUUCCUCCCCUUUCUUUCUCCUGUCAUCCUCUUUGCCCUGUCCACCACGUGGGUGAUCUUCUCGCCAUCCAACAUCCUCGAGCAGCAGCCCAGAGUCUUCUACUUCAUGGUGGGGACGGCUUUCUCCAAUGUCACGUGUGCGCUGAUUGUGUGUCAGAUGAGUAGCACACGCUGCCAGCCUCUGACCUGGUGGUUGCUGCCCAUGACAGCAGUGGUGUUGUUAGCCGUGUCCGGGCUUGUUCCCAGCGAGUCACUGCUCCUGAAUGUGUGGACAGCCGCCGUCUUACUAGCACACAUCCACUACGGCGUAUCAGUGGUUCAACAACUCAGCAGCCACUUCAAGAUCUGUGCUUUCUCUUUGAAGAAACCCAGCCGUGACUGACAGGAGGAGGAACAGAUCAGCCUGAAAGGAGCGGAGGUUUAAGCUCCUCCCAUCGGCAUGUUAGCAACAAUUUGCUCUCCAUCACCACGGAAACCUCAUCCUCUCCCCUCCAUCCAUAAGAACACUUGAAGUCAAACAAACUGCACAUCUGCACCCAUGUUCCUACCGCAGCAGAUUCUGGUCUCGGCCUCGGUGGGUGGGGCUGGUGGGGGGUCUCUGGUUUCCGCCACUGGUGAUUGGCUAACGUGGUUGAGCCAAUGAGAUGCAACUGUUUCCUACGGAAAUGUGCUUCAUUCAUGAGAACAGGAGCCCAGACGAUGUAAACACAAACACACAUAUUCUGCGUUCCUGCAGAUUAAAGGUAUUUCAGACAUGCUCACUGUUGCACUCACACACUAAUAUGAAUGUAUCAUACAGCUUGGGGGAGUUACUUCAGAUUAUUAUUAUGUUAACAGGCAUGCCUCAAGCAGUGAAAGCUCUGAAAUGUGGUUCACGUUUCAAAGGUUUGGUGCAGUCAGCUUUUUAUCGCUGUGAUGUGUGUUAAUAAUUGUGUGUGUGUGUGUGUGUGUGUAGGGGUUCAGGACCUUUUUAUUGACAGAGUUAAGUAUGUUUAAAACUAUAAACUUCCAAACAAUGAAUUCCUGAUGCUGCUCUGUGACGACAGUUAUAUCGAGUUAGAUAUCAUCUAACCAGGGCA